AUGGAGGGGAUGCUGGGCAAGGAGUACCGCGUGCUGCAGGUGCCAAGCCCCGGCGUCGUGGGGCUGCCCUCGCCGGACGGGAGCCAGGAGGGCGUGUGGUACUUCCCCGACCGCCUGGUGCACCGCGUGGACGAGCCCAUGGUCCACCCCCUCGUGUCUCCGCAGAAGCUCUUCUCCCACGGCGAGACGCGGAUGUCCUGCUUCCCGCUGGUGGCGACGCACCUGGAGUCGCUGGCGUGGUCGUUUACUGAUCCCAUGUUCUGGCAGGGGGUGUCGCUGCUGAUGGUCAGCGUGGCGGCAAGUUCGCUCGCGUUCCUGACCGUCUGCUGCUGCCCAGGCACGGCUUGGAAGGACAGCCACCUCUGA